AUGUGUUUAGGUAUUUCACAACUGUUCACAGUGCUUCUCGUGACGUUUCCUUCUCUUAUACAGCUGAUCAAAGUGGAUGAGGAACACACCAACCCCAAGACUCAACGCGCUUCUCGAUCGCUAGUCUUGCCAAGAAAUGUUUGGCUCGUACUAAGCGUCCCGCUGUUUGCUUUUCAAGCUUCAAAACAAGAACUUGAAAGCUCGCAACCGGAACUGGAUGCAUUGGCUCGAGAAAACCGAUCGUUACUGUUUCGUAGUCACGGUCUCACGUGGAUGGCCAUUCUCAAAGACACAACGAUCAAUAUCAGUGCCAGUUUGGACGUGUGUGUUGACAAUUUCCUCGUCCGACCACUCGUACAUUCGGAUGGUCACAAUCAAACCCUUUAUCAAGAGUCCUGUUCCCGAGGUCUGACCUGGCGCGAUCCGCACACCGGACAGGCCCGAAGAGUGCUCCUCGACUCAACCGGCGCGGAUGCCUCAUUCCGACCAAUCAACUCGGUUCGUGAAAUGCAGAAUGAGCAUUUUGAGUUGGAUUUGAUCGAAAAUAGCACAUUUAUCGGACGAUCCAGAUGGUUUCGUGUGACAGGGACCUUUAUUCUAGCCAUUUGUGCCACAUUCCUUUUUCUCCUGUUCAGCAUUACCUUGUGUGUCUCAAUCGCACUAACCCGUGGGAAGCGUUGCAAAUCGCCAUCCCGUGCCAUAGCUAUCAGUCCCAGUCGAACUGUGAAUUCCGGCUCACGUACUCGAGUAUUCCGACCGCCGGACUAUGCAGAAGACAGUCUGUUACCGCGAAUACAAAAAUCGAAAACAGCAGAGGAAGAAACCCAGUCAUUCGGUACAGAACCGGUUUCCACAGAGAAUGGGGAAAGUUUGUUCCAGCAUGACGCAAACACGUGUCGAAGUUUGGUGGCGGAGGACGGAGAUACUGAGGUGAUGGAUCCCAUGGCUACCAGCGCCAUGCAACUUGCUCGUAAUUGGUUCCUUUACCGCAACAGAGGCGAUCGCCUACGGCAGCGGACAAUGAUCGGUCAUCCGUCUUUGACAAACCCACCCGUAGUUAUCCCUCAUCCUCCUGCCUCGCCCCUGACUGCCACCGCAUCUUCCCCAUAUGCCCUAUUGAAGCAUCCCACAGACAAAGUUUGUAUGCCCUCAUUUGUAGAAACCCAAGCUUCGCGUGAUUUUAAACCAACUGUUCCGUCAUCAACCAAUUUCCGACAUUCGCUUGUACUCUCUGUGGAUGAUCAUGACCAGUUGAUAAUCCUACCAUCGACACAAUCAAUCACAAGCAGUAUGCAUCGUACUGGAACAACUGGAGCCAACAGUUCUAUUCAUGAAGUCCCAGAAGGAGAAAGUGAUACGGAGGGAAAUUUGACCAGUAACGAACACAACAGUUUACCCACUAUGCAUCAGCGUUCGCGGUUGCGGACAAUCGAUGGUUCCAGUCAGUCAGAUACAUCGCGGCAUUUGGAAUGCGACGGUUAG